AUGCCACUUCGAUUGGCGGAGCCUUUGCCGGCUCUGGUCGCACUGGUGAAGGAUGGCAAAGCAAGGACGAGAGCAUGGGCAGUAAGUGCUUUGAGGUUGCUCGGAAAUUCGUCGGAAGCUCGCGAGACCAUCACGCAUGCGGUUCCGAUGGAAGCUGAAGAGCGAGAGAAACUUUUGGCUAAGAUUCGAACACUGUGUUUUUGA